AUGGGCAACAAACAACCCAAGACAUCAUCGACUGAACUCACCGAUAAACAAUUCGCUUUACUUAAAGCCAAUACUGAUUAUAGCGACCAAGAAAUUCGAGAGUGGCAUGCGGGUUUCAUUCGUGAUUGUCCAAAUGGUCGACUUGAUAAGAAAAAAUUUAUUGAAGUCUACAAGCAAUUCUAUCCAACUGGAAAACCAGAAACAUUUUGCAAAUAUGCUUUUGAUACAUUCGAUGCUAAUCACGAUGGUUCGAUUAAUUUUGAAGAAUUUCUCUUAGCCAUUUCAGCCACAAAUAGCCAUGAUCUCGAUGAACGUCUUGCUGUUGCUUUUGAUAUGUACGAUAUUUCGAAUGAUGGAAACAUUGAUAAUGGUGAAUUGUCUAAAAUGAUUUCUGCUAUGUAUGAUCUCGUCGGUGAAACUGAUCGUAAAGGUGAAAAUGAUCCAAAAAAACGUGCUGCACAAAUAAUAGGACAAAUUGAUGCUGAGGGUGAUAAAAAAAUAUCGAAAGCCGAUUUCAUUGCUGGAUGCAAAAAUGAUCCACACAUUCGAAAAUUACUUGCUCCCAAUGUUUAA